AUGGCAAACAUCAGGGCGAUCGUUGCGGACUAUGGCCGAAGAUCUGCUGCCUUCCUUGCACCGCUCGUGUGCCCUACACUACUAGCAGCACCAUCGGCACCACCUCUGAUGGCGACCAUGCCGGUGACUGAUGGUGCUGCUGCCACCGCCGGCGCUGAGGCAACCACCAUAACUGAUGAUCAUCAUGGGAACACUGAGAAGAACGUGGAUAGACUUCAUGGCCGCUACUGA